UUUAUUUCUAUUAAAUCUACGUUUUAUCUCCUAGUCUAGUCUGAAUGUAUUGACUAAGAUGUAGGCCUAAACCUUUAUUUUAUAUUUUAUAGAGGUUUAUAUCUAGGGGUUUUGUACAAUCAGAACCCUUAUAAUGUACUUUCGGGGACUACACAUCAUUCUGUACUUUACAUAAGUUCUGUUCUGUUCGUUUUAGGCCUAAAUCUACAUUUUCCCCUACUCGUAAUAACUAGUAAUCCGUCAUAGCUUUUACUUAGAAAGUUUCUUAUGACACAGAAUCUCUAUUUAAAAAUCAAUGUAAUUCCCAGAGGAUCAACCUUAAUAAGGAAGAAAAUGCUGCCCUACGAUGGCUUUCUAACAUUGAUGAACCUUCCCUCUCUUGCAGUGUUGGGGAAGUGACUUUCAUCAAAUAAUGUGUUAUUACUUCGUGACACUGGUGUAAAUCUGCAGGCAGAUCAGCCACUCAAAUCUCAGUGGCACAAUGUUCCCCCUGCAGGAAUUGUCUCUGAUAACCAGGCGUGUCUACCAGGAAGAGCAAAGCACAAGUUUCUCACACACUGAGACGCUUCAGUUACACUGGGAAUCUCAGGAUAUGAUCUCACUGCAUAUACUUCAGAUAUUAAGGAACCUCUAAAGAUAGGGAAACAAAAGCAGACUGACAAGUAGGCAUUCAAAGAGAUGUAUUAAGUUUACCUGUAGUAACAGCAGUAAGUAAAAGUGAAACUAAACUGCAGAUUUAAAAAAAAAGCCAUUACUGAGCUCAGAACAGACGGAGACAGAAUGGCGUCUGGAUCUCCUUCUCUCCUGGAAGAGGAGCUCUCCUGUCCUGUGUGCUCUGAAAUCUUCAGGGAUCCUGUUCUCCUGAGUUGCAGUCACAGCUUCUGUAAGGCCUGUCUGCAGCAGUACUGGGAUCAGAAGGGAUCUCUGGAGUGCCCAGUUUGCAGGAGAAGAUCUUCGAAGGAGCUUCCUCCCCGUAACCUGUCUCUGAGGAAUACCUGUGAGGCGUUCUUAAAGGAGAGAAGUCAGAGAGCUAAAGCAGGAUCUGAAGUGCUCUGCAGUCUGCACAGUGAGAAACUCAAAGUCUUCUGUUUAGAGGAUCAAAUACCCAUCUGUGCUAUCUGUCAAAUUUCCAAAAAACAUGAAAACCACAAAAUGCGACCAGUUCAGGAGGCUGCAGAAGAGUAUAAGGAGAAACUUGGGACUGCACUGGCCCCACUGCAGGAGAAGCUAGAAGCCUUUAAUGCAGUGAAGCUAAUCUGUGAUCAAACAGCAGAGCACAUCAAGAGCCAGGCCCAGCACACAGAGAGACAGAUAAAGAUGGAGUUUGAGAAACUUCAGCAGUUCCUAAAAGAUGAAGAGGCAGCCAGGAUCACUACAUUGAGGGAGGAAGAGGAGCAGAAGAGUCGGAUGAUGAAGGAGAAGAUUGAAGAGAUGACAGAAGAGAUAUCAUCCCUUUCAGAACAGAUCAGAGCCUUAGAACAGGAGCUGGGAGCUGAAGACAUCUCAUUCCUGUUAAAUAUCAAGAGUAGUUUAUUAGCUCUGCAGUCCCAGUGCACCCUGGGGGAUCCAGAGAAGGUCUCAGGAGCGCUGGUUGAUAUGGCCAAGCACCUGGGCAAUCUGAAGUACAGAGUGUGGGAGAAGAUGCUGGGGACUGUUCAAUACACUCCUGUGACUCUGGAUCCAAACACAGCACAUCCUGAACUCUCACUGUCUGAGGAUCUGACCAGUGUGAGACGCAGUGAUGAGGGACAGCAGGUUCCUGAUAAUCCAGAGAGAUUUGAUAAAUGGUGGUGUGUGCUGGGCUCUGAGGGAUUCAGCUCAGGGAGACACUGCUGGGAUGUAGAUGUGGGGGGUGAGUACUGGCGGGUGGGUGUGGUUAAAGAGUCCGUCAGCAGGAAAGGGCGUGUGUAUGUGAGCCCAGCAGGAGGAGUGUGGAGUAUAGGGCUGUACGAUGGGAAAUACACAGCCAUGACCUCCCCACUCACACACCUCACUGUACAGAGGGACCUCCAGAGGGUCAGAGUGCAGCUGGACUGGGACAGGGGGGAGAUGUCAUUCUCUGACCCCAGUGACAACACUCCUCUCUACACUUUUAAAAACUCCUUCACUGAGAGACUGUUUCCAUUCUUUAGAACUCAGGGGACUGUGCGGAUCUGCCCACUGAAGGUGUCUGUAAGUGUAAAAUAGCACUGUGGCAUUAUUUGUAAACAUCAGUUGAAGUCAAAGGACUGUAUUUAAUCAACUCAGACCAGGUUUAUUACAAAUGUUAUAAACAAAAAGACAAAAUAUUGUCUAUUAUUUGAAAUGUAAAUAUAAACAUUGUAUUGUGCUUGAUGAAAAAUGUCUGAUCGCUCUGAUAUAACCUCAGAAUGUUAUUACUGAGUAGUUCCUGUGGUAUAUAAAUGGUAAGUGGUUGGCAUUUAUAUAGCGCCUUUAUCCAAAGCGCUGUACAAUUGAUGCUUCUCAUUCACCCAUUCAUACACACACUCACACUCCAACGGCGAUUGGCUGCCAUGCAAGGCGCCGAACAGCUCGUCAGGAGCAUUCGGGGGUUAGGUGUCUUGCUCAGGGACACUUCGACACAGCCCGGGCGGGGGAUCGAACCGGCAGCCAUCCGACUGCCAGACGACUGCUCUUACUGCCUGAGCCAUGUCGCCCAGGUAUAUGGUGGUAUUGUGAGUACACUGGUGUGUGUCUAAUGAGUUGGGGUGUAAUA